AUGAACUCCAUGCUAUAUACUCUUUAUGGGUUCGCGAUAUUUUUUAUGAUAUUCUGGUCGGGUAUGUGGGUGGUUCACGUGCUGGCGUUGAUUGCUGGUCGUUGGAAGCUGCAUCGGAAGAUGAAUCAGGCAUCGAGCUAUGAAACACCGUUGCCGGGAGUGUCCGUGAUAAAACCCCUAAUGGGUGUGGACCCAAACCUUUUUGGUAACCUCGAGACCUUCUUCACCAUGGAAUAUCCCCAAUACGAGCUCCUGUUUUGCGUCGAGGAUGAUUCCGAUCCCGUGCUGAUGUUAGUGCGCAAGCUCUUUGAAAAGUAUCCGGAAGUCGAGGCUACGCUUUUCGUUGGCGGUUGUAAAGUAGGGGUAAAUCCAAAGAUCAACAAUAUGCAACCGGCGUACGAGGCCGCCAAGUACGAAUUUGUGCUAAUCAGCGACAGUGGCAUACGCAUGAAGGAGGACACUUUAUUGGACAUGGUCCAUCAUAUGACGGACAAAGUGGCUUUGGUUCAUCAGAUGCCAUUUACUUGCGAUCGCGAAGGUUUUGCCGCCGCCUAUGAAAAGAUUUUUUUUGGUACGGUGCAGUCACGGAUGUACCUGGCUGCGGAUAUGCUGAGGAUAAACUGUCAUACCGGUAUGUCAGCACUCCUGAAAAAAUUCACGUUAGAUGAGGUCGGUGGUCUGAAAGCGUUUGGCAUCUAUCUUGCGGAGGAUUUUUUUUAUGCAAAAUCAUUGACCGAUCGCGGCUGGCGUAUCACCGUCUCCUCGCAGCCGGCGCUACAGAACAGUGGUCAUUGUGCAGUCGAUUCCUUCCAAGCGCGACUACGACGAUGGGCCAAAUUGAGGGUGGCGAUGCUGCCUACCACCAUUGUUCUCGAACCAUUAAGUGAAUGCCUUGUUCUGGGUGGGUUUGCUUCUUGGGCGGCCAGUGUCCUGUUCGAGUGGGAUUCUUUAGUUUUUUAUUUGGUACACAUACUCUUGUGGUUUAUGUUCGAUUGGACGUUACUGUGCGUAGUGCAGAAUGGUCCAUUGCCUUUUAACAAACUUGAGUUCGUGUGCGGUUGGUUGCUCAGCGAAAUCACGAGACCGUACCUUUUUCUUCAGGCUAUUUUGGAUCCUCUCAUACAAUGGCGUUCACGUGUUUACAAGCUCAAAUGGGGUGGCAUUGCGGAGGAAGUUAAAGCGAAAGUCAAAUAUUAA